GUCACUAUGACAGUGAGUGAUAUGCGUGACGUGUACGAUUUUAUCAAAAUAGACAAAUCAGAAGACAAAAAUUUUCGAUGAAUGAAAACGGCUAAAAAACCUGAUUUCUGUCGUUUAGAUUUAUUGACUAUCAGUAUAUUUAAAUAGGGCGAAAUGGCUAAUUAUAACCAAAAUGAAUAUACCUGGCAAUCUCAAAAUAAUAGUCAAAAUUACUCUUUUGAUACAACCACAACAUUUCCUGAUACAGCUCAAACAUUGGACUUUCAAACAUUCACUACUGAACAACAAAACUUCUCAUAUGAUCAAGGACAAGGUUCUAUGCAAGCAAACAAUAACCAAUAUUACAAUCCAAAUUUAUUUACACCGGCACCAAUACCAGGAGAGACCAAUGUAGAAGCAAGUGAGUUUGAUGAACCUCCACUAUUGGAUGAAUUAGAAAUAUACCCAGAUAGAAUCUUGGAGAAGACAUUGGCUGUGUUGAAUCCAUUUCAUGGACAAUCAAAAGCAGACGAUGCUAAUUUCUUACUAAGAGACACGGAUAUUGCAGGCCCGAUUGCAUUUUGCCUAGCAUUGGCUGUGUGUUUAUUUUUGUCAGGAAACAAAGCACACUUUGGUUAUGUUUAUGGCUUAUCUGUUAUGUCUGUAAUUUUAAUGUAUUUCUUACUAUCACUCAUGAGUCGAACUGAAGGUGUCUUUACAGUUUUGAGUGUAGCUAGUGUGUUAGGAUACUGUAUGCUACCCAUGGUAGUUCUUGCUGGACUAGGAGUGUUUGUCUCUCUUGAGGGAGUUGUUGGCAUUUCUUUAUCAGGAAUAGCAGUAAUAUGGUCAGCAUUAUCUGCAAGCAGACUUUUUGUAACUAUGUCAGGUGAUUCAGAGCAGAGACCUUUGAUAGCUUAUCCUUGUGCUUUAGUCAAUGGUGUAUUUGCUUUGUUAGUCCUAUUCUAAUUAAUUCAAUUUAUUAUUUGUAAUAAAAGAGAAUAACCUUGUUUUGUAUUUUAGUUAGCAAUAGAAUUCUAUGUAUACUUGGGGCC